AUGGCACGAUCCUCAAUCCAACAACUCCCAUCCGCCUCUGCCCUCUCGUGGACAUGUCGCAACUGCCGGCUUCAAUCCCAACCACUCCGUCCCCUCCCCCAAUGGCGGCACCCUCAGCCAUUCUCCACGACAACACGCUCCCGAGCAGAGGCUCAAGCUGAGUCUGAGAUCCGCGCCGCCCCAGAGAUCGACUUUGAGAAGCCUGACCUUCCCAAGCAAGUCCCUGCUCGCAUCAUACCCUCGUCCCGGUCUUAUUUCACUGGGUCUCCGCAUCUGAACGAUAAUAUUCUUCUACUGCAGUCCUUGGUUGAGAAAUACUCUCACGUUCCCACUCUCGCCUCAGAUCAAACCCCUAGGGCAUAUUGGAAGACACUGGGUCAAUAUCGCUCUUCAAAUGGCGAAAGAGUCUCUGCUUCUAGCUACUCCAAAAUCCUACAGCUUUUGAAUCAAUUGAACAAGAUACACCCUUCUUUCUGUCCUGAAGAAGUCAGACUGGCUAUGGAAAGCUUCGAGCGACCCAAUAUUGACAGAGUUUCUCAAGCAAAGCCUGGUAAGAUAGACCAACACGGCCGCUCUCUAGGUGUAGGCCGGAGAAAAGAAGCAUCUGCAAGAGUCUGGCUGGUUGAGGGCACCGGCGAGAUUCUGAUUAAUGGCAGGAGCAUUGUUCAGGCAUUUCCUCGAAUCCAUGAUCGAGAAAGUGCCCUGUGGGCUCUGACCAUCACUGAUCGAGUCGACAAGUACAAUGUGUUUGCCUUGGUUGAGGGAGGAGGCAACACCGGGCAAGCAGAGUCCAUCACGUUAGCAGUAGCCAAGGCAUUGCUGGUACACGAACCUGCCCUUAAACCAGCGCUGCGACGAGCUGGUUGUGUCACAUCGGAUGCAAGACGUGUCGAACGAAAGAAGCCUGGUCGCCUCAAGGCUCGCAAGAAGCCUACCUGGGUAAAGCGAUGA